AUGGCGGCGGAGAGCGUGGGCGGCGUGCAAGUGCGCAACCUCGACCUGUACUCGGCAAUCCUCACGAUCAGCCACCUGGCGCCGCUGCACGCCGGCAACUACACGUGCACGGCCACCAACGACGCCGCCAGCGUGCGCCACACCGCCCCUCUCAACGUCAAUGGUAACUGUCUGGUGUUUGUUAGGUUUGGGUUUAUUUCUCUCACGCUUUCUCCCGUUCUCUCCCUGGCUGGUGCGAUGCGUGCCUCUUGGCGCCUCCCUUGGGCUGCCCGGCGCCGUGUAGAACCCCCAGUCAUCAGCCCUUUCAGCUUUGGCCCCACCAACGAGGGCGAGCGGGUGAGGGUGGUGUGCGCGGUCAAGCGAGGCGACCCGCCGGUCACGCUAGUCUGGCUCAAGGAUGGCGCGCCCAUCGCCCAGGACACGGCCGCCGGCCUCACCAUCCUUGCCCUCGACCAGUACUCCAGUUCCCUCCUUUUGCCUCACGUCCACGCACACCACAGUGGCAACUACACGUGCCAGGCCACCAACGCCGUCCGCUCGGUCUCCCACUCAGACAUCCUCGACAUUCAAGUGCCUCCAUCGUGGAUUGAAGCUCCCAGGGACACCUCAGUUACCCUGGGGGGCUCUGUCGUCGUCCCCUGCCACGCCCACGGGUCUCCCACGCCCAAGGUGACCUGGAGGCGCACUCGAGAGGACCAGCCAGGCCAAUACAGCCCGAUCCUCGGCAGCGGGCAUGGGCAGGGCGUGGGCGUGGCGAUGAACGGGAGCCUGGUGGUUGUGGGCGCGCGGUCGGAGGACGAGAGUCAGUACCUGUGCGAGGCGGUGAACGGGGUCGGCGGGGGGCUGUCGGCGCUCAUCUCCCUCACAGUCAAUGCGCCCCCUCGGUUUGACCCCGGGUUGCAGCGGCAGGUGUCAGUGCGAAGAGGGUCCCGUGCAACCCUUCUGUGUCAUGCCCACGGAGACCCGCCCAUCACUCUUCUUUGGCAGGCCACCCACACUCGCGUGCAUGACCACAGCGUGGUUCGCGAGGUCGACGGCGGGGCGCGGGGUGAGCUGGUCAUCCCCGCAGCCAAGAUGGAGGACGCCGGUGACUACACCUGCACGGCCUCCAACUCCUACGGCAGAGACUCCUUCGUGGUGUCGCUCGUGCUAUAA